GAACAAAGAGCAGAUGAACAACGUCUUGUUUCAGUGGCUCUUAUAAAAACCAGGCUGUGUCAGUCGUUUCACAUCGAUCCCAUCAGUUGUUUUAGUUUGUUCAUCUGCACAGCAAGAGCAAACAGCCAUGUCGAAGCCUCGUAUAGAAGACGCCAUUAAGAACAUCGUGGAUGCGUUCGUCGAGCAUUCCCAGGGCGACGGCAAGCUGAGCAAGGAUGAACUGAUGAAGCUGAUUGAGAAGGAAAUCCAAAACCCUGAGCUCAAAGAGAAGCUCGGCGCGGCGGACUUGGACAAGGCCAUGGAGCGGGUGGAUAAGAACCGCGAUGGCGCGCUCGACUUCAAAGAGUACAUGAAGUGUUUGACUUUCCUGGCCUGUCGCUGCUACAACAAGAAGACAGGAAAGUGCCAAGAAAGCUGCCAUUAGAGCCUCCAGGAUGGUUCAGACUGACGACACUGAAAUAAAACGUCACGUUGUCUGUC